AUGAGCCGAAAGCAUCGGAGUCAGAAUUGGCGUCGAGAGGAGAGAGCGAAGUGUCAACUUUCACAUGAUGCAUUCAGCCUCCAUUCGGAGUCUGCUUUUACGUCUGAGGCUAUGACGCGCCUCAUACGCAACUUGACAGGCCUACCUGGACAACUCGAUCCUGGCGACAUGUGCUGGCUGCACCGGGGGACGUUUAGUAAACAUGCCGAGCAGAUCGGCCGUCAAGGUGUCCGGCGCCAGACACGAAGGCCCCCAAUUACCGGCCGUCAAUUAGUUGGGGCCUGGUCUGCCGUCGGGCCCUUAUGCCAUUGA